AUGGGUUCAACACCACGUGCGGCUGGCUCCACAGCACCAGGAACACCAGGAACACCAAAGGGACUCAUCAAUACCUUGACUCAAGCAUUGGAGCGUCGAGAAACCAAGUCUGCACGUCGCAGACUGACAAUUCUCCCUCAAACUGCUAUUGAUUUCUCCUCGAAUGACUUCCUCUCACUAUCCACAUCGCCUGCUUAUCGGAAUCGGUACCUGGCGCAUGUGAAUAACACACCGGAGUUUUUCCCAUUCGCCAGUGGCGGGUCACGAUUGCUAGAUGGCAAUUCCGCGUAUGCAGAGGAAUUGGAGCGUUUCGUAGCAGAUUUCCAUGACGCCCCGACGGCGCUCUUAUUCAAUUCUGGGUUUGACGCGAAUGUAGGCGUGCUAUCAAGCAUUCCUCAGCCAGGAGAUCUGAUAUUAUAUGACGAACUCAUCCAUGCCAGUGUCCAUGAAGGAAUGCGGCUGUCUCGGGCCGGCAAGCGAGUUAUGUUCGACCAUAGCUGUCCCACGAGUCUGCGGGACGCUCUCGGGGAACAGAUCAAUAAUGAUCCGAAAAUCCAAAGUGGCGCACGGAAUGUAUUCAUUGUGAUUGAGUCAAUUUAUAGUAUGGAUGGGGAUAUCGCUCCAAUCAAAGAUUUUAUCAAAGUUGUGGAUGAGCUUCUCCCUCUUGAGAACGGUCAUUUCAUUGUCGAUGAGGCCCAUGCAACUGGUGUGUUUGGGCCACGCGGCGCCGGGGUGGUUCAAGACCUCGGGGUUCAGGAUCGCAUGUUUAUUCGCUUGGCUACGUUUGGAAAAGCGUUGGCCAGUCAUGGUGCAAUGGUACUUUGUGGACCAGAGACCAGAGACUACCUUAUCAACUAUGCGCGCAGUUUGAUAUAUACCACAGCACUUGGGUUUCCAUUUUUAGCGUCCAUUAAGACCGCUUAUGAGCUUUUAUCUUCUGGCGAAACCGAAUCAUUACAACGACGGGUUCAAUCGUUGAUCGGCCAUCUCCACACUCAACUCGCCUCUCUUCAGAUGCGCCAACACGUCAUGUUCGAAGUGGAUCACUUUCCCAACUCGCCUAUAUUCUCCCUCCGUACUUCUCAGCCUCGUGAGCUGGCAAGCUUCUGCCAGAAAGCGGGCCUUAUUGUCCGGGCCAUUAUGCCUCCCACUAUACCCGACGGUAAAGAACGGGUAAGAGUCUGCCUACAUGCUGGCAAUACUGAAGAAGAUAUUGAUACUCUGGUACGGACAAUUCAAUCUUGGCUAGAUCUCGUCCCAGCUAAAAGGGACGCCAACUUGUGA